AUGGCGGCCCUCUCACGAGCGACCUCCCUUCUCGUCAACAAGUCAUUUAAUGGGCGAUACCCCCAGAAACUAUAUCGCGUUGAAUCAUGUGUUCCCACCUCAUUGGGAUUUGAUGGAAGUCAUCUGUAUGGCAAAGUUAUCUACCAAGGCGUGCCCCUUCGAAGCCAUCCGGUGUCGACGGGCACCAGACCUCCCCAACAGAAGCAAUCGGUUGUUACAUCUUUGGCAAGCAUAUCGAUGGCAACCUCGCGCAUUACCGUUCCCGCUGCGUACGGCACGACCUCAUUACAACUAGGCAACACCAGUACACCCUGUGUCUUGGCCCUCAAAGGAACAACAUCUCUUGCAUCACCCUCCUAUUCUUAUGCUUCCGGCGUCGACAGCAUGUCAAAAACCCCGAUAGUCAAACACGAAAAGGCGUUCGUGGGUAGCCGUUACAAGAUGCGCCCCGAUAUCGUGCAUGGCCAGAAAUGCCUGCGUAGCAGCAUGGAUGGCUUCCUCGUCUACGUAUUCAGCGUUCUUACGUGCGGCUUCCAGCCUGCUUUGACAUAUCUCGGCGGCGUUCUCCUGACUAUCAGCUUGAGCACGAUACUUUUCGUACUAUCGGUAAUCUUCUUUCCUUAG